CUCCUUCCCUUCGUUGCUGCCCGCUUCAUCAUCUUCUUCUCUUGAGCAACUCAAACGUAGCACUUUUCUAUUUGCUUUGAAGUUAACUGCGACAGUCUUUUUGACAGACAACAACCUUACCUACUCACAUACACGCGCGCGGUAAUAGAGACCCGGUCUUAUUUGCAAUUGAAAACCAGCAAACAAGCACCCAGCCUGCUGAACACCACCUAGGCAAUUCGAAACACCCACAGGCGUCGGCUUUCCAAAGCAGCGGCGGGCCUCCCACUCCCCGACCCGCUAUGAGAGUGGAAACAAACGCCCGGCAUACUGCUACUACCAACUAGAGAUAACUUACAAUUAACGUCCGUUUUCUUUUCCCCUGAACAAGAAAAUGCGCAACAAGCUUGUGAAAGCGAGGCCGAAUUCCACAACUGCAAAGGCAUUGGGGUUUUUUAACAUACAUCAGGAUCGUGGUGACGGUGAUGAACGCACUAAUUUGGAGUGUGCAUUUGGUUUAUUUCCAAACAGAAGCCUCCCCUUCAUCAUCUACGCGAAAUUCCGUCGACGCACCGCUAUCUUCCCCACGAACAGCAACCACAGUACCAGCCCCGAAUCAACAAGCACAAGCCGCCAUCACCUCUCCACCUACUUCACCAAGCCCAACAAGCCUCACCAGAUCCCCGCUGCCACCACCUCAAUCCCCUUCAAGCAAUAA